AUGGAAGCUUCGAAGAAGAUUCCUGAGACUGGAUCAGAAGAAUCAAAAUCAAUCAUCGACUUGACUCAAUCAGAUAACCAAGACGUUAAAUCAUUGGAGAAAAGUUGCGCUGAAGUGCAUAGCAAUGGGGGAGAAGCAACCAAUGGCGAAGAGAGUCCUUUGGAUGAUGAAACUAAAGGUCAUCAAGAAGUUGAUGAAGUUAUAACUGUAGGUGGUGUUGUUGUGUCUGAUAAAAGUGAGGUGGUGGCCACUGGAGAAGAUGGUGGUGAUGUCAUGGAAAAAAGUAAGAAAAGGGCACAAUGUAGUGGGGAUGAAGGUGGUGUUGUUGGUGGUGAACCACCGGAGAAGAAACAUAAUUUUAAGUUCAGGUUGUUUGGGGUUGAUAUUACUUGUUACAAAUAUGACCCUGGUCCAAAAAAUGGUGAAGGAAGUAGUGGUGGGACUGGUGUCACUUUAGAUGGUGGUGUUGAAGUGACUGGAGGUGAUGGUGGCAGUGUUGCUGGUGGUGGUGGUGGUGGCGACGGCGGCAGUGAUGCUGUUGGUGGUGGUGGUGAUGGGGGUGGUGGUGGCAGUGAUGCUGUUGAUGGUGAACCACCAGUCCAGCAGCCAUAG